GCCUUCGCCACUUCUCGCCACAGAGAGCAUCAUGGCGACUGAGAAGGUGCUGGAUCGGAGCUCGGACACAGCCACAUCCUCCAGCUAUCGAUACUUUCGUGUCCGGCAUUUCCACUUGGAGCUGCAGGUGGAUUUCGAGCGGAGGCAGCUGCAGGGUCGGGAGGUGUUGGAUCUGAGCUGUGUCCGGCCUGAGGGCGGGGGUCAGGAGCUCUGCCUGGACUCUCACUCCAGUGUCAGUGUGCAGUCGGUGUCGGUGCGCUGCGGUGACCCAGAAGGCCCGCUCCAGCCCGUGUGCCACAAGGUCCAACCCUUCACCAGCUAUGGCUGCACCCUGGUGCUCGCCUUACCCCGCCCGUGCCAAAGUGGUGACCAGCUACAAGUGGUCAUUGACUACACGGCCACCGAUGGACCCGGGGUUGUUUGGCUGGACCCAGAACAGACAGCAGGAAAAGUCAAGCCAUACCUCUUCACUCAAGGCCAGGCUGUCUUGAACAGGUCCUUCUUCCCUUGUUUUGAUACCCCUGCAGUUAAGAGUUCUUAUUCCGCCUCCAUUAAGGUUCCUAAAGGCUUUAGAGCAGUUAUGAGUGCAACUAACUGGGAUCACGAUGAAGAGGAAAACAUAUUCCACUUCAAAAUGCAACACCCAAUUCCUUCAUAUCUUGUUGCUUUAGCAGUUGGUGACAUUGUCUCUGCUGAUGUUGGACCAAGGAGUCGUGUCUGGACUGAACCCAGUCUGUUAGAAGCUGCUAAAGAAGAAUAUGAUGGUGUGAUUGAAGAUUUCUUGAAAGUUGGUGAAAAGCUAUUUGGGCCAUAUGUAUGGGAAAGGUAUGAUCUUCUCUUCAUGCCUCCGUCUUUCCCAUUUGGUGGGAUGGAGAAUCCCUGUCUUACGUUUGUUACUCCAUGUCUGUUGGCUGGAGAUCGUUCAUUGGCUGAUGUCAUCAUCCAUGAGAUUUCUCACAGCUGGUUUGGCAAUCUUGUAACAAAUGCCAACUGGGGAGAUUUCUGGCUUAAUGAAGGCUUUACAAUGUAUGCUCAGCGGAGAAUUUCAACAGAACUUUAUGGUGCGGCAUAUACUUGUCUCGAGGCUGCUACAGGGAGAGCCCUGCUUCGUCAACAUAUGGAUAACACAGGGGAGGACCAUCCACUCAACAAACUGAAGGUCAAAAUUGAACCAGGCAUUGAUCCUGAUGACACAUAUAAUGAAACUCCGUAUGAGAAGGGCUAUUGUUUCGUGUCAUAUUUGGCUCACCUUGUGGGUGAUCAGAACAAAUUUGAUGCAUUCCUUCGGGCUUAUGUGAACAAAUUUAAGUUUCAAAGUAUUGUAGCUGAGGAUACUUUGGAUUUCUAUUUAAGCUAUUUCCCAGAGCUCAAGGAGAAGAAUAUCGAAAAAAUACCAGGGUUUGAAUUUGACUGCUGGUUGAACACUCCUGGGUGGCCACCUUACCUACCAGACCUUUCAUCUGGUGAUACUCUGAUGAAACCUGCAGAAAACUUAGCAACUCUGUGGCUAGCUGCAGAUCUGAAUAUGUAUGCGAUCAAAGCCAUUGAUAUGUCAUCAUGGAAAACCUACCAGAUUGUGUACUUCCUUGAUAAACUCUUGGAAAAAUCACCUUUACCCCAAGGUAAUACUGCAAAGCUGGCUGAAAUGUAUCCAAAAAUAUCCAAGGCCAAGAAUGCUGAACUGCGUUUUCGCUGGGUGCAGAUUGUUAUAAAAAAUAACUAUGAGGAUGCAUUUGAUGAACUCCAGAAUUUCCUCCAUAGUCAGGGAAAACAAAAGUACACUGUUCCGGUCUAUCGAGUGAUGUGGUCUCAAAAUGAGAAGACACGUAAACUGGCACAGGAGGUUUUUGCAGCCACAGGCAAACAGCUGCACAAAAAUGUUCAAAAUUACGUGAAGAAAAUUUUUGGCUAACAUGUAUGAUUUAUCCUAUAAAUGAAGUUUUAAAAUUCUUAAAUUUUCUACUUUACACUUUUCUUACUUCCCAGCACACUUUUGAAUAUUUAUAUUUCAAAAUGUACUGCUGUUAAGCAUAAUUAUGCCUUCAAAUUUAUAUGUAUAAAAUCAGGUAAAACAG